GAAAAUUAGUUUGCAUAAAGGAAGAAUGGUGGCUUUGGGGAGUUGGCUUCAAUCCGAACAAUUUCUUGUUGGUUCUUUUUCUUAAUCCGCAACCAAACAAGCAUUUUGACGUUUGUGCACGGAAGAAACCUAAUUCACUGCUGAUCCACGGUUAUUUCCCUUCCCCUCAGCCUCUCGGAUUCUUUGGCUUUGGUGUCGAUUCCGUAGCCGAGUGGUGAACGAGUCCCUGCCCUCUCUCUGGCCUUUGGCUCUAGUAGCCAUGGCGCGACUGUGAGUUUUUGUGUUGCUGCCCUCGAAAUCGUUGUGCUGCUGCUGUCCUCCACGAAGCUUGCCUCUCGAAUUAUUGUGAUAAUGGACUUGGAAAGGUGAAUAUGAAAGCCAUUAAAUUGGAGUCUGAUUUUGUUGGGGGUGGGUUACAAGGGAAAAAUCCCCAAAAUGCCCGAUUGGAUGAGCAUAGAAACUCCAUGACCCAAUCUGGGAGACAAGAAUUUGAAGAAAAUAGGAGCUCAACUGCAUUAAGUACCGGUCAAAGUAGCUCAAGUGUAUUGGAACAAGGACAAUCUCCAGUAGAUGACACUGGCAUUUCUUUUGCGUCAACCAUAUGUCCAGCUCCGCUUUGUCGUCAAUUUUGGAAAGCUGGGAACUAUGAUGAUGGUCUUGGUUCCAAGGUCACAUUUCAAAAUGGCAAAAACUAUCUUCAUGUCCACCCUAUGUUUCUUCAUUCCAAUGCCACAUCACACAAAUGGGCAUUUGGUGCCAUAGCAGAACUGCUUGAUAAUGCAAUUGAUGAGAUCCACAAUGGAGCCACUUUUGUCAUUGUAGAUAAAAUUUUAAAUCCAAGAGAUGGGAGUCCAGCACUGUUAAUUCAUGAUAAUGGUGGCGGAAUGGAUCCAGAAGCAAUGCGACGUUGCAUGAGUUUUGGGUUCUCAGAUAAAAAAAACAAAUCUGCUAUUGGACAAUAUGGGAAUGGCUUUAAGACUAGCACUAUGAGACUUGGGGCUGAUGUUAUUGUUUUCAGUCGCCACUUGCAUGAGAGGGCAUUGACACAAAGCAUUGGUCUUCUCUCUUAUACAUUUUUGUCACUAACGGGACUUGACAGGAUAGUAGUGCCAAUGGUGGAUUAUGAGUUCAACACUACGACUGGGAAUUUGGAAAUUUCUCAUCGUUGUGGAAAAGAGCAUUUUAUGUCUAAUCUUUCUAUGAUAUUGCAGUGGUCUCCAUAUUCAACAGAAGUUGAGCUUCUAAAGCAAUUUGAUGACAUAGGGUCACAUGGCACUAAAGUUAUCAUCUAUAAUUUAUGGUUGAAUGAUGAUGGGAUUGUGGAGCUAGACUUCGAUACGGAUCCUGAGGAUAUUCGUAUUUGUGGGGAUAUAAAAAAAGUUGACACAAUUCCUGCUUGGAGGAUGGUUAAUGAACAGCACAUUGCUAACCGGUUACAUUACUCUCUUCGGGUGUAUUUGUCCAUCUUGUACUUGCGGAUACCUGAUACUUUCCAAAUAAUAUUGCGUGGACGACUGGUUGAGCAUCAUAAUCUUGCUGAUGAUCUUAAAUUCCAAGAAUUCAUCUUGUAUAGACCUCAAUGUGGUGGAUGUGUAGAGGGUCAAGUCAUAACUACAAUUGGGUUUUUAAAAGAAGCUCCACAUGUCUGUGUUCAUGGUUUCAAUGUCUACCACAAGAAUCGUUUAAUAUUGCCAUUUUGGCCAGUUGUGAGCUAUGCAGACAGUAGGGGUAGAGGGGUGGUUGGUGUUCUGGAAGCAAAUUUUAUUGAACCAACACAUAACAAACAAGAUUUUGAGAGAACUUCCCUUUUUCAAAAACUUGAAGGUCGGUUGAAGGAGAUGACAUGGGAGUACUGGGAUUAUCACUGUGGGCUAAUUGGGUACCAGGUCAAAAAAAAGCCUCCAGCACCACAGCCUAAACAGGACUCACCUCUUGUUAUGGCAAAUGGUAAAACAAAGCCUGUCAAGUUUAGUCCAAGUUCCCCUGUUGUUGCUAGUGCAAAAGCAUUGCCUGCCACUGGAUUAUGUACAAAAAGGAAACAUUCUGAUGAUUUGGUGGAACUUGAAAGUGUGAAGAGGCAUGGACAAUCACGGGCCAAUGCAAUUGUUUCAGGACAGAAUUUGGAAGCACAGGUCCAUCCUAUCAAUACAGCAACUCAGUCAAAAUAUCAGGAAGCUACAAACUUGAUGCAGGAAAACAAGAAACUCCGAGCACAAUGCCUGGAAUUUGAGAAGAGGAAAGAAGAACUCAAUAAAAAGGCGACACAGCUCAGAAAUGAGCUAGAAGAAGUUGAACGUGAGUAUAGCCAGCUUAUGGCUGAAGUAAAGUCAUUGGAUUUGAUCAAGGAGGAAAAUGAUGUAAAUAUGUAGAUUUGAUCUGCAGCUUUGCUUCAAUUCUUUUAUUUGUAGAACAGUCUCUGUUGUAUGUAUCCCCAAGUCCUGGGAAUGAUUUAUAAUCUUAGUGAAAGAGAAGAAAAUCGAAGUGUGUAGUCAUGGGUGAUCAGUCUUUGAGGUUAGGAAGUAGAACUGAUUUAGUGACUGACUUUGUUCUUCUUUUUCUUCUGAGGUUAGGAAGCAGAACUGAUUUAGUGUUCAAAUGGUAGUUCCCACCAAUGUACAUUCAAAUGUAGUCCUAGCACUUCCCCUCUA